CGAGGCUUCGGGGCGGGGCGCGAUGGCGGAGCCCGGGUGAGGCGCGGGUUUACUGUCCAAAAGGAUUUAGACUUUUCUUAAAAAGAUGCCUGCUGCCUGUGAGUCAGCGCUUGAGGAUAUCGAAGACAUUGUGUCAGCAGAAGAUUUGAAGCCACACGAUCGGCAGUUUGUGAGAAGGAAUGUUUUUCCCAAAGUGCGAAAACGCAACUCCCAGAAAAACAUUCAGACAGAUGAUGAGCCCCCAAGUGACAGCAUUAUUCCUGGUGUUCAGAAAAUCUGGAUUCGUACAUGGGGAUGUUCUCACAAUAAUUCGGAUGGUGAAUACAUGGCUGGACAGCUGGCUGCAUAUGGAUACAAAAUUACAGACAACUCUGCUGAAGCAGAUUUAUGGUUGCUGAACAGUUGUACAGUAAAAAAUCCUGCUGAGGACCACUUCAGAAACUCAAUCAAGAAAGCCCAAGAAGGGAAGAAGAAAGUUGUUCUAGCAGGUUGUGUACCACAAGCCCAACCUCGCCAGGAGUACCUGAAAGGUUUGAGUAUUAUAGGGGUUCAGCAGAUAGAUCGUGUAGUAGAAGUUGUGGAGGAAACUAUUAAAGGUCAUUCUGUGAGACUGCUGGGUCAGAAAAAGGAUAAUGGAAAACGUUUGGGUGGAGCACGGCUGGAUUUGCCAAAGAUUAGGAAGAAUCCACUGAUAGAAAUAAUUUCCAUCAAUACAGGGUGUCUCAAUGCAUGUACCUACUGUAAAACUAAGCAUGCCAGAGGAGAUCUAGCAAGUUAUCCCAUUGAAGAACUGGUGGACAGAGCCAAGCAGUCUUUUCAAGAGGGUGUUUGUGAGAUAUGGCUGACCAGUGAAGACACAGGGGCUUAUGGCAGAGACAUUGGCACAGACCUCCCCACGCUUCUGUGGAAGCUGGUUGAAGUUAUUCCUGAGGGAGCUAUGCUGAGGCUUGGCAUGACAAACCCUCCCUAUAUUUUAGAGCAUCUGGAGGAAAUGGCCAAGAUUCUCAGUCAUCCAAGAGUAUAUGCUUUUCUGCACAUACCAGUCCAGUCAGCCUCUGACAGUGUGCUCAUGGACAUGAAAAGAGAAUACUGUGUGGCAGACUUCAAACAAGUAGUGGAUUUCCUUAAAGAAAAAGUGCCUGGAAUAACAAUUGCUACAGACAUAAUUUGUGGUUUUCCAGGAGAGACAGAUGAAGAUUUUCAAGAAACUAUGAAACUUGUAGAACUGUACAGGUUUCCAAGCUUGUUUAUUAAUCAAUUCUACCCACGUCCAGGAACCCCAGCUGCAAAAAUGCCUCAAGUUCCAGCUGCAGUGAAAAAACAGAGAACGAAGGAUCUGUCCCAGCUGUUUCAUUCAUACAAUCCCUAUGAUCAUAAGGUUGGUGAGAGGCAGAGAGUUCUGGUAACAGAAGAAUCCUUUGACUCCAAUUACUAUGUUGCUCACAAUCCUUUCUAUGAGCAGGUUCUUGUGCCAAAGGAUCCUCUCUUAAUGGGUAAGAUGGUAGAAGUGAAUAUUUAUGAAGCUGGGAAACAUUUUAUGAAGGGGCAGCCAGUAUCAGAUGCCAGAGUUCAUACUGCAUCCAUCAGCAGACCGUUAACGAAAGGAGAAGUUUCUGGUUUAACAGAGGAGUUCAGACGUUCAGCGCGGAACGGCACAAACUGGAAAGCACAGCCUUCUGCUGAGAUCCCAGUGAAAACAGGGCUCAGCUCCUGGGUGGCUUUGCAGCUGCCAUGGCAACAAGAGGGCGGUGGACUGAAGAUCCUGUCUGUCAGCCUGGCUCUACUGGCAGUUCUUGUUAUGUUUUACUAUGGAGGAAUGAAAACAGAACUGUGAACUGAAUGGGGCUUUUAUAAAAACAAUGAAACUGCUGUUCAAAAUCUUCAAAGGAAUCACUUUUACCAACAAAUCUUUUUCUUUUUCUUUUUCUUUUUUUUUUUUUUAGAAAGAAACAGCUAAUAUAAAUUGGGCAAUAAUUUGUACUCAUUCUAUGCCUUUCCUGUCAUUCAAAGCAGAGAAGGUUAAUAAGCUGUGGGAAGGCCUAUCUUGCCAAAACCUGAGAUCCUUGGUUGGUAGAACAGUUUGUUGCAUCUUUCCUUUUCUUUUUUUCCUAAAAUGAUGCAAUGUUUGCAUUACAUACUCUUUUCAUAAUUGCUGUAUCAGGUAAAAUUGCAUUAAGUUUAUAAGGAAUCUUUCCAUUGAGUGAUAUUGGUCAUCUUUUAUGGGUAGAUUAUUUAAAGCUUUCUUAAAGAUUUUGCUUGAUGCAGUGUGAUCGUUUGGUAUCUGUCUUUUUGAAUGAGCACUGCAAGGCCAUUAAAGUUUGUUAUUUGUUGCUAUUUA